UUUUUUUCCGACAUCUUAGGGAGGCUGCAGUGGUCAUUGCCACUCUCCGAGCUACAUCAUGCCGCCCAAGGAUGACAAGAAGAAGAAAGAUGCCGGAAAGUCGGCCAAAAAAGACAAAGACCCAGUAAAUAAGUCUGGUGGCAAGGCCAAAAAGAAGAAGUGGUCCAAAGGCAAAGUUCGGGACAAGCUCAACAAUCUGGUCCUGUUUGACACAGCUACAUACAACAAACUCUGUAAGGAGGUUCCCAACUACAAGCUCAUCACUCCAGCUGUGGUCUCCGAGAGACUGAAGUUUCAAGGUUCUUUGGCCAGGGCAGCCCUUCAGGAGCUACUUAGUAAAGGACUCAUCAAGCUGUUUUCAAAGCACAAAGCCCAAGUAAUUUACACCAGAAACACAAAGGGUGGAGAUGCCCCAGCUGCUGGCGAAGAUGCUUGAACAGGUUCAAUCAGCUGUACAUUUGGAAAAAUAAAACUUUAUUAAAUCAAAAAAAAA